AUGUCUCGCCAGUGUGCUGCCAGGAGCCAGAGCAAAGCUGGCUUCAGCGCUGCCUCUGCCUGCAUCCCAAACGCCAGCAGCACCAGCCUCUGCUUCCCUCCCGCAUCCCAAGGUGGGAGCUGCGGUACCGCCGCCGGGUAUGGAAGGUUUGCUGGAGGUUUUGGAAGCAGGAGCCUCUACAGUCUUGGUGGAUGCAAGAGGAUAUCGGUAGCUGGAAGAGGUGGCGGCUUCUAUGGACCUGCAGGUUUUGGUGCUGGCACCGGGAUCUCCUGUGGUUUUGGUGGUGCCUUCGGGUUUGGUGGUGGCAUGGGUGGCCCUGGAUUCCCUGCUGUCCCCGCUCGGGGCAUCCAUGAAGUCUCCAUCAACCAGAGCCUUCUGAAACCUCUCAACCUGGAGAUUGAUCCCAGCAUCCACAGCAUCCGUAAGGAUGAGAAGGAUCAGAUUCAAACCCUCAACAAUAAAUUUGCCUCCUUCAUUGACAAGGUCCGAUUCCUUGAACAACAAAACAAGGUCCUGGAGACCAAGUGGGCCCUUCUGCAAGAGCAGGGGAACAAAAAGGUCGGAAACAACAUCGAGCCCCUCUUUGAGACCUACAUCAACAACCUCAGGAGGCAGCUGAACAGCUUGCUGACCGACAAGGAGAACCUGGGAGGGGAGCUGAACAAGGUGCAAAGCCUUGCUGAGGACUUCAAGAACAAAUACGAAGAGGAGAUCAACAAGCACACUGCUGUGGAGAACGAAUUUGUGAUCCUGAAGAAGGAGGUGGAUGCUGCCUACAUGAACAAGACAGAGCUGCAAACCAGGCUGGAUGCCCUCACAGAGGAGAUCGACUUCCUCAGAGCCCUCUAUGAAGCUGUAAGCACCAGAAUUUGCAUCCUUCUCCCA